AGCUUUGCGGGCUGCUCAAGAAUCCGUGGAAAACCGAUUGCGCGUGCGUAUCUAGACGUGGCAACGGCAUCAUGGCUUCUUGGAACCGCUACGGUAGUCGGAUGAGAGAGCUGAAAAUGUACACAUUCGUCUUCUUGGUGUGCCUGGUGCCGGUGCUGCAGGCGGCUGUAAAGGUCUCUCCUCUCAUAGAGAAGGUCAGCGAACACAAGGACUUCAAGAAGCUGCUCCGGACUCGAACCAAUGUCCUGGUGCUCUACACUAAGUCAGCUACCUCCGGGGACUCUAAGCUGAAGCUGCUGUCUGAUGUGGCCCAGGUUAUCAAAGGACAGGGCACCAUCGCUUGGGUCAACUGUGGGGAUUUGGAGGGUCGGAAACUGUGUAAGAAAGUGAAGGUAGAUCCCAGCUCUAAAAGUGAUGGCGCAGAUCUCCUGCAUUAUAAAGAUGGGACGUUCCAUACAGAGUACAACAGACCUGCUACAUACAAGUCCAUGGUGGCGUUUUUAAAAGACCCCACGGGAGCUCCUCUUUGGGAAGAGAACCCAGAAGCUAAAGAUGUUGUUCAUGUAGAAACUGAGAAAGACUUCAGGAAGCUUCUAAAGAGGGAGGAGAGGCCAAUCCUCAUGAUGUUCUUUGCCCCAUGGUGUGGUGUCUGUAAGAGGAUGCAGCCCGUAUUUCAACAGGCAGCUACAGAGACCAAGGGUACAUAUGUGCUGGCUGGGAUGAACGUGCACCCAGCCGAGUUUGAUGGCCUCAAGCAAGAGUACAAUGUCAAGGGCUACCCCACCUUCUGUUACUUUGAGAAGGGGAAGUUCCUGCACCACUAUGAAAACUACGGAGGUACAGCCAAGGACAUCGCUGACUGGAUGAAGAAUCCCCAGCCCCCCCAGCCGAAGGCCCCAGAGGUCCAAUGGUCGGAGACUGACUCCCCUGUCUUCCACCUGACUGACGACUCCUUAGAUGGGUUCCUGGAGGAACACCCAUCUGCCCUGGUCAUGUUUUAUGCCCCAUGGUGUGGCCAUUGUAAGAAGAUGAAGCCAGAGUAUGAUGAAGCUGCUGAAUACCUCAACAAAGACAAAAAUAGCCCUGGUGUUCUGGCAGCUGUGGAUACCACCAUCCACAAGGCAGUGGGAGAGCGCUUCAAGAUCUCCGGCUUCCCCACCGUCAAGUACUUUGAGAAGGGAGAGGAGAAGUUUACGCUACCCCACCUCAGGAGCAAGGACAAGAUCAUAGAGUUUCUACAGAACCCCCAGGCACCCCCUCCCCCAGAGCAGUCCUGGGAAGACAAGCCGUCCAGCGUCAGCCAUCUAGGAAUGGAGGACUUCAGGGAAGCGCUGAAGAAGAAGAAGCAUGCCCUCGUCAUGUUUUAUGCACCAUGGUGUCCCCACUGCAAGAACGCUGUCCCUCAUUUCACCACUGCAGCAGAUCUCUUUAAAGAGGACCGCAAGAUUGCCUAUGCUGCUGUGGACUGCACUAAAGGACCAAACCAAGAACUGUGCAAGCAGGAGGGUGUGGAGGGCUACCCCACGUUCAACUACUACAACUAUGGGAAGUUUGCAGAAAAAUACAACGGAGAACGAGGGGAGGCGGGGUUUAUAGGUUUCAUGCGCAGCCUGCGGGGGCGGGACCAGGGCAAGAGGAAGGAGGAGCUUUAAGGCAGGGUGUGGUGAGGAGGAGGAGCCUGUCGUUGCACUGUGACCCUGGACAGGGGCCUCUUAGCACUGACAUCUAGUGAUGUCAUCAUGAUCUGACAUCACGGGGCGGGGACUUGUGAACCUCAGCGUUUCAGCGAAAGGCUUUUUUUUAUACUGAUAUAGAUCGAUCAUGUGAUCAGCUUUGUAAUAACAGUGGGAUUACCUACCGUGUGACCACUUGAGACCAUUUUUUUUUCUUGAUAAAAAAACAAAAGAAAACAUGAAAAUGUUGCCCAAAUACUGUGACUGCAUUUGUGAAAAGCUACACCUUAUACUGUAUCUAUGCAAUACCGGACCCUCCCUUUCAGAUCCACUCUUGUGUGGUUGGUUGGUGGCUGUACUGGUGGUUGGAUGGUGGGGAAACCACCUACAGUACUGUACAUCACAGGGACCAUCACUAUAGUCCUACCAGUCACUACAUCCUUGUUCAUUCACCUCAAGAGGAAUACAAUCUAAGCAUACAACUGUUUGUUUCAAUAUAACUCUUUCAAUACUUGUGUACAUACCUGUCUAUUAGGUAUGGGUUUGUUUCAGGAUGAUCAGGAUCUAAUAGCUAUAACUGUGGCCUUUUUAAUAAAUAUGUAUGAAAGCUAAUCACUCAGCGCAGAGUCAGACAGAUAGUAGGGUAGUGAAUGAUACGAGGCCCUAAAACAUAAAGCUCUUAUGUGUGUUGAAGCCUGGUGCUUCUGUUUUUUUCCACGUGUUUCCAAGUCAGCGAUGAGAGAAAGAGAUGACAAAUCAGACACAAACGUAAGAUGACCCAAAUAAAUUAGAAUUAUUAUGUUACUGUGCUGAACCUGGGGGCAGCAGGGUAGCCUAGAGGUUAGAGCAUUGGACUAGUAACCAAAAGGUUGCAAGUUCAAAUCCCCGAGCUGACAAGGUAAAAAUCUGUCGUUCUGCCCCUGAACAAGGCAGUUAACCCACUGUCAUUGAAAAUAAGAAUUUGUUCUUAACCAACUUGCCUAGUUAAAUAAAGGUCAAAUACAUUUAAAAAAAACUCCAGACGUCAAUGAUUUACAGAAGCCUCCUGUUGUCGUAGUGAUAUUAUUUUUUACUGUAGACAUGUUGGUUGUCGUGCAACUAUGGGGCACAACAGACGGGGUUGUUGACAACAUGUAAACUUUAUUUUGUGUCCAAUGUUUAUUGAAAACAAAUACAUUUGAACAAUGAGCAAUUGUCUCUCAAAAACAUUGUUGCAUUUGUUGGUUAGCUAGCUAGCAAAUGUUUUGCCACAUUAGCGUAGACGUGACAUUAGUCAAAACACCUCAAAACGAGACAUGGUAUCAAGAACAAGAUAAAACUAGCUGAAACGAGCCACCUAUGAUUCCCAAUGUGGCAGCUUCUUGUCAUUGUUGCUAGCCAUCCAGAAUCACAACAGCAUACAGACUUCUGACCCAUUGAAGUGUGCACAUAAUUUCCAUGUCAGCUAACCCAUCUCUUGUCCUGCAUUCCUUUUAGUGUUACUGAGAUGCAUCUAAAAAACAGUUUUGCCUCUUGCAAGUGUUUUUCCAUGAUAUCAUCGAAGACCAAUUCAAAACAAAGCCCUUGGAAAAGAUAUGGGGCCAAAUAUGGUCAUUAAUGUGCCAUUUCCACAGGAACAAGACUGCGCCAGUCCCUCCCUUUUUGUCUCUAGCAAUCAGAACCAGUCAGCUCAAUAUCAGGAGUCAUAUGGGAUUAUGAUUAGAAAAGAUCCAGGAUAUCAGUUCCAUCUGAACAAAGUCAGGAAUCCAAGAGCAUAUUGCCUCUGUGUGUGUGUCUCUGUCCUCGUCUGAGAAAUGUUAUCCCCUAUGUCCCAGGACAUCCAAAUGGAUGACUUCAGAUUUCACAGUGCAGAGGUGUGUGAGAAAGUCUAUGGACAUCCUUAACACCUCCGCCACACACACACACACACACCACCCGAGCUUGGCACCAUCAUCAAUACCGGAGCCAUUAUCUUUGUGGCGACUUUAAGGCUGUGUGUUUUUAACUCCCCGGCUUACGCCGCUAUAAAUAUUUAAAGGCCUAUCUGUAGCUGAACUUGUGUUUUAUUAUUCAGGAGUUUGGUUCCUUUCAUUAUUGAAUAAGGUUCUCAGGGAUAGCGAAAACACAAUUAAAGGGAACUAGCUUGUUGUAUUAAUUUGCGUUGCAGUUAGAUGGUUUUGAGCUCUAGAGUCUCCACAUUUAAAAUAAUUGUUUACAUUUGUCUUGUAUGGAAAAAUAACUAAAUGUAUAGAUCAAUGGUCCAGUUUACUUUUCCUGUUUGAAGUAAUGGAAGGAAGUAUUAAAUAAAACAUGUUGUGCAGAUGGGGGUUAAUGAACUGACUAAUACUGUACAUUGUUUGGGUUUCUAAAUGGAUUAGUUGCAAAUGAAAAGUCUUAAAUGAACUGCAGACUGACAUAGAACACAGUCUCCAAUCAAUGUUACCAUAACAUUUCUGCAUCAUGCAAAACUAGCUGCGACAUCGCAGAACGUUGGGAGAAUGCUUUACUGUAUGGAGCUGGAUUUUGACACACAUGCUGUUUUUUUAGAUGUUCAGUUUUCUUUCUGUUGGGAUGAUUUGCUUUGACUUUUGUUUCUGCAGUGCAAGGCCUACUCAGUGCUAUCAAAUGGUUAAAGACUUGACAAACUUAUCAUAAAGACCACCUUUGUCUCAUCCCAAAGCCCUCAUAUUGUGUGGAAACUGUCACAUCUAUGCAUAGAGGUCAUUGUCGCCUUGGUUGACUUUCUGUGCCCAGCCAUAUGUACAGUUUUGCCCUUCGAAUGAGGACCUUGCUAAAAUAAAAACUCAAACAUUUCCAA